AGUGCCGGGAUUACAGGUGUAAUCUACUGCGCCCGGGUCACCUGCACAUUUAAAAUUGUGAACUUCUUCUCUAUACUUCAGUAACUUUUCCAAGAUUUCUUUGACGCAAAGUUCUCAGAAAUCUUAAAGCUGGCAUUUCAGAAUAGAAAAAAAAUAGCUUCUAGUUCACUAGUGAAAUUUUACUAAUAAUGAAACAAAGCUACUAAUGCGUAUCAGCUCCGAACAGAUUAAACACUACCAGCAGAUCUUUUCUUUAACUUCGUGAAUCACUGGCAUUCUUUUGGCAAAGAAAGGAUGAACAACACUGUAACCCAAAGAAAAGGUACCACUGCCAGGAAAGACUUCCUUUUGAAAGCAGCUCUAGCAGCAAAAGAUAGGAGGAAAGCAAGGAAACCAGGCCAAACGUCUUGGUUAACUCUUCGGCGAAAGGCCGCCAAAUAAGAUGAUCUAAGAAGCCAGCCAGCCAGCCAGACACAGGGAACUCACAGCAACUCCUCGGAGCGCAAACAGCAACCCCACAAUCCAACCCACCCGAAAUCCUGCGGUUCAUUUGAGGCUUGCCCCGCUAGUCAGGAGGUGAUUCAGUGCUGGCUACAAACGCUCCUCAUGUGCAUCCUGGACCUGGCACACCUGGCUUGCCCAUCACCAGCCUGGAGACACCGCCAGGAGCAGAAGCCCGGAGGCCAGAAAAGACCCCAACUUUGCAAGUCAGGGGCGCGAGCGCUCUGGCCUCUCAGGUCCGCAGAGGGAACCUAUUUCCGGCCUCGAGGGUGGGGUGCGGGGUCAGUGUCCUCUACAGGAUAUAGGAGGACGUGCCCCCGAAGCUGCUCCGUCCCUCCACCCGCUGGGAUGCCACAGAACACCUGCCAGCGAGUUUCUUCCCCAGCGCCCACGAGAGGUGGGCUGCGAGCCGCAGCGGCAGGCGAAGAAUCCAGCGCAGGGAACUCAGGCCCCGGCGAUGCACCAGCCCCCACACCCCCCACCCGCGCUCGCGCAACAAAACUUGCACGGCCGCGCCUCGACCCAGCUGUGCGCCCGCGGGUCCCGGAUUCACCGCCCGCCCAGCCUGGCGCAGCGCCCUCACCUCAGAAACGCUGGGUGGACUUCGCGGUAACUUCCCAUCCAGACGGCAGCCGGCAGCCGCGCCGGCGCGCCUCGGCCCAGCUCCUGGCGCCGCGGGUCGCCAGUCCCGCGUUCCCGAAAGCACGGCGCUCGCUCAGAAGCUCAGGCAGCCUCGCGACCCUCACUUACCCCUCCCAGUACCGCCGCUGCCUCAACCGCCAGCCCCUCGACUGCGCCUGCGGCCCAAGGCGCAGGCGCGGCGGGGCCUUAAAGGGACCGGGCCGCCUCUAUUGCACAAUGGGUUCGAGCACGUUAGGGGCCCUGCGGGCCGAGAAAAGCAGUAACCGAGGGGAUGCACCGAGUGCAGCUGGGACUGGGAAUCCCUCUCUCCCCUCCGCCUCUCCUUAAAAGCACCAGCCCUCGGCCCUCCAAAUCGCUGAUUUCCCAGGCCACUUGAACUGCCCCUGCCAUGUUAAAGAGGCAGGAGACACCCCCUUCGGGGACUGGAGUGU